AUGGCCAUUAUAGCCGAUUUUAUGCUUGUUUGGCUUCCUGCUCCUACUGUUUCACUUCGACCUCCUCUUACUGUCAGUGCAGGGCGUCUUGCUAAGUUCUUCUAUGGGUGUCCUGAUAAUGCUUUUCAGGUAGCUUUGGCUGGAACAUCUUACUCACUCUUACAGAGAAGUAUUGGUAUGUGCUGUGCAAUAGUGAGAAAUGGAGCUAAACUAUUUGCAGUCGGGACUGGUGCAUCUCUGGUUGGUACGGGUGUAACAAAUGCAUUGAUUAAUGCACGAAAAGCUAUCGAUAAAUCUUUUGCUGGUGAAGCAGAGGAUGUUCCCAUAUUAUCAACUAGUGUAGCCUAUGGAGUUUAUAUGGCAGUUUCUAGCAAUCUAAGACUGACUGAAGAAACUUGGUAUUUUAAAGAGUAA